AUGAAUUUCUUGAAAAAUAAUGACAGUUAUGGAGCUGUGAAAAUUCUAACUUAUAUGAUGGGUUUUUGGCCUUAUCAAAAUUCUGCAGAAAGAUAUUUUUGUGGUGCUUUAUCAACUCUUGUUUGUUGUGUGGUUUAUGUGCCUGAGAUCUUCGCUGCAAUUGAAUUUUACGAUGAUCGAGAAGUCAUUCUAGAAUUAAUCGCACCUUUCAUGACAAACAUCGUUUCGAUUACUAAAUUCAUAGUCAACAUGUACAAUCAAAAUUUAAUAAAGUCUCUCUUCGAUCAAAUAAAAAUAGAUCUCAAAAGUUAUCCAAACGAGAAUGAAUGUGCCAUUAUUCAAAGUCAUACCAGAUUUGGAAAAUUAUUGGCCCAUGGAUAUAUAGGCAUUAGCAUUUUAACAGUAAUUAAUGUAACUGUAGCUUCAGAUAUCAUGUUCAUCGUAUUAUUACAUCACGCAGCUGGGUUAUUUGCAGUCACUGGAAUGGCUGGACAAUGGUACAUAACUUCACCAAGAGUUCAAAAACUCGUAACGUUGGUAACUCUAAGAAGCCAGCUUCCAUGCAAACUUACAGCCGGAAAAAUAAUGGUACUGUCACUUGAAACGUUUACUUCAUUCCUUGCUAUUUGGGCCUAUCGUGAUAAUAAACAAGUCGUUUUAGAAUGCUUUGCUCCUUAUCUUAUUAACUUUUAUACAACUGCAAAAUUUCUUACUAAUGUUUGUAACCAUGAACAAAUUAGAAAACUGAUUGAUCAAGCAAAAUUUAAUUUACAAAACUGUAAAACUAAAGGAGAAUAUGAUAUUCUUCAGUACUACUCGGAGAUUGGAAAUGUACUUGCUGCUGGAUGGGCAGGAGUAGUAUACAUAGGAACUUUUUGUUACGUUUUUGAACCACUAACACCGCUAGUCUUAAGCUUCAUUUUUAAUUUUAAUAACACAGCUCCUUUAGAAUUUUCGAUUCCAUUGUAUUUUUUUGGAAUCAAUGCGCAGAAAUACUAUUUUGAAAUUCUUCUUUCAACUGGAUUUUUUAUUUUUAUAUUAAUGAAUAUUACCAUUGCUUCUGAUUCUAUAUUCAUCAUUCUAUUAGUGCAUGUUUCUGGAUUAUUUGCAGCUACAGGGUAUUUGAUGAGCCAUAUUCCAACUCAAGAAGACAUUAAAAACGGAACUUUACCAUUCGACAUAGACGUUCCGCUUACAUUGGAGAAUAUUCAAUAUAAGCAUUUUAUUACUCUUGAGACAACUACUGUCCAAAAACUUGUAAAAUAUCUUGUAUUUGGUGGUGCUCAAAUAAUACAUCUUUUUUUUGACUGUGCUUUAUCUCAAAAACUCAUAGACUUCAGCACAAAUAUUCAAGAAUAUUUAGCAACUGGAUUGUGGUAUGAUACUCCCAAAAAAGUUCAAAAACUCAUAGUAUUGGUAACUUUGAGAAGUCAACUUGCAUGUAAACUGACUGCUGGCAAGAUUUUGGUAUUGUCACUAGAAACUUUUACAACGUUUGUGAAGACAGCUGCGUCUUAUUUCACAGUUUUAGCAUCGAUGCAGUGAAUGAUGACAAUUAUUUUAUUUUUCUAAGUAAAAAAAUUUAUUUUUAUAAU